UGAUUUUAAUUCAAAAGAACACUCCCUCGUUGAAAAAGCACGGGAAACAACAACCAACAAGAGAGAGCUCUCUCCGUCGAAUUUCCACCAGACUCCUCCAUACAUCGUCCCCUUCUUUCAAACCCUUUUCAAAUCCCUCUUUCGCAUUUUCAAGCUCUCUGCAAACCCUAGCCAUGCCGCUCACUAUCCUCUCUGUUUGAAUUACAACAACCGAGAGGUCCGUCGUUUCAUUCGCCGGCGACCGCUGGGCUUUAGAUGGCUGAAACGCUGUCGUUUCACGUGGCAUCGGCUAGGGUUUUCAAUUUUUUGUUCCUUCAAUCUCAGAUCUCCUGGGGACCCACUUGAAUCACCGAUCGUCGAAAUUCGAAAAAGUAAGGAUUGAAAUUGUUACCGGUAUGGCUGCCGGAAAGGGAGGGUUGUUUUUUGAGAAAAUAUGGAGAUUCGUACGGACGAUAUAUUUCAUGGUGGUUAUGAUGUCGUCGUUAUUGGUGUUAUCGCUUCCUAUUCUGGUAGCAAUCGGUGAUAUUUUGGUUCCUUGUGUUCUGAUUUCGAACUUUACCUGCGUUAGAUGCUACAGCUUCAAAGAGCAUCUGAAUAGAUACUCUUUUAGAAGUUCGUUGACCGAUAUUCCCGUGGUUUCAGUCGUCAGAUCUCUCAUAAUCACCUGUGUUUAUAUGAUCUGUGAUAGCCCUGUACUCUCACACGGACAGUAUCUUGGAACAGUGACAUUAUGCUCUGCCUUUUCAGUUCUCCUUUUAUCCAUUAAAGUCUGCAUUUUCACUGUUAAUUCACAACUUGAGGCCGAAGCUUCAUCAUCUCCUUCAAGACAAAGACUCCAUUUAAAGAAAUCAUGGGGGAUGCCUGUACUCUUUCUGUCUUCUGUCGUUUUUGCCCUUGGGCAUACAGUCAUCGCUUAUCGAGCAAGUUGCAGAGCAAGAAGAAAGCUCAUGCUUCACCGAAUUGACCCUGAAUCAGUUCUUUCAAGCAAACUUUUAUUUACAACUGGGUAUGCUAAAGUCCCAAGAUCACCAACACCUAGUGCUGGUAGAACACCAAAAAGCGACAGCGAAAUCAGAAGAAAACCAUUCGGAGGGCAAAAUCGGAAUGAUGGCGAACUUCCAGUUAGAUUCCUAUCAGACGUUGAUAGUCUAUUUAUGAGUUGCCAUGGUGUCACUCUUCACUACAAACUCACAAUGCCUAAUCCACCUUCACGUACUCUAUCCUCCACUCUACUCGAAAGACCUUCCAUAAACGUUAUCCCAAAAACACAAUAUCAUCUUCGAAGGAGUUACAGCAAUCAACUCCACACAUCUCCCCUUUAUGCCCCUCUAUUAGAUGGCACCACUUCCUCUUUAGAAGAAAUUCCCAUUUUUAGCCUUGAUGAGGGUACUAAUGAGAGUGUGAUUAGUAAAACUAAAAAACAUGUUUCUCAUUCACUCGAACAAGUUCCUGAAAUCAAUGGGCAAUUUGGGAUUGUAUUAGUGCAUGGAUUUGGAGGAGGGAUUUUCUCAUGGAGACAUGUUAUGGGUGUUUUAUCUCGUCAUGUUAAUUGUAUUGUUGCUGCGUUUGACCGACCUGGAUGGGGGUUGACUUCUAGACCAAAACGACAGGAAUGGGAAGCUAAUAAUUUACCUAACCCCUACAUGCUUGAUACACAGGUUGAUAUGCUUUUAACAUUCUGUAAAGAAAUGGGGCUUUCUUCUGUUGUUCUUGUUGGUCAUGAUGAUGGAGGUCUUCUUGCUUUAAAGGCUGCACAAAGAGUGAAAGCAUCCGGGAGUUUUAUUGAUGUGGAGAUAAAAGGUGUGGUGUUACUAACAACAAGCUUAUCAAGAGAAGUUGUUCCAGGGUUUGCUAGAAUUUUGAUGCGUACAUCUUUAGGGAAAAAACAUUUGGUUCGGCCUUUACUUAGAACAGAAAUUUGUCAAGUUGUUAACAGAAGAGCAUGGUAUGAUGCUACAAAGCUAACAACAGAUGUUUUAAGUAUCUACAAGGCACCACUAUGUGUAGAAGGUUGGGAUGAAGCAUUACAUGAGAUCGGAAGAUUGUCAUCUGAAACAAUUCUUUCACAACAAAAUGAAUCGUUGUUGGUGAAAGCAGUGGAGGAGUUGCCACUUUUGGUUGUUGCAGGAGCUGAAGAUGCACUUGUUCCUUUAAAAUCCAUUCAACUUAUGGCAUCCAAGUUUGUAAAUUCUAGAUUAGUUGCAAUAUCUGGAUGUGGGCAUCUGCCACAUGAGGAGUGUCCAAAGGCGUUGCUUGCAGCUGUAUUACCAUUUAUUACCAAACUGUUAAGCCAAUAGGGUGGGGGAUUUGUAAUAGGAGGAGGGAGAGGGUAUUUAAGUAAUUUGUUUGAUUUUUUUUUUUUUGGAGGGGUUUGGUUUUUAUUCACCUCAAGAGGUAGAGUCCAAAGUGGUCUUUCCUUUUGUGUAAUUUUGGUAACCUAGUUUCAACUCACGUACGUGUAAUUUGUUUACUCCUUUGUGAUUCAAAUUGUUUAUAACAG